UGCAGGUGACUCGGGAUGGGUCGAUGACGUUAACGCUACCAAACCUGCUCAAGAGUUAUGAAGGCAAACUCUGCAUAGUUUUGAUUAUGAUGAUAGAUCUGAUGAUUUUUCAGCUUGAUAUAUGAGGAUAGGUUCCACUGACGUAGGCUUCUGUACGCAUAUCAUUCUGUGUCACCACACGCAGAAGUCUCGUUUUCAACUUUUUUUUUUGUUUUGUUUUUUUUGUUUUGUUCUCGAAGGCGUGUAGGCUUGUACGUGCCUUUAUAAACCACUGAAGCUUGUCACCAGUGCACAUUACCACAAAGGGAGAAAUCGAGGAGAAGUCCUAAAGAAACCUGCUUUUUUUCAAUUACUAAUUACAGGGUAAGUAACUUCACGAUGUUUUUUUCUUUUUCAGAUCUUGACUAUCAGAGUCUUAACAUUUUGAUUUCUUUCCCUUUUCCCGUUUUAGUUCCCCCUUCCCCUAUUUACAUCAUAUAGAUAAGCUUAUAUUUUCUCUUGAAUUAUUUGAACGAUAACAUUGGACAGACUGAACUGUAAUAAAGUUGUUUUUUUUGUUUUUUUAAAAUAAUGUCUGAUACAUCCUGUAGUGAUAACAGGUAAUACGAUUUAAUCUUAUUGACUAAUUAAUUGUUUGGUUUGGUUAUUUGUGCUCGUUGAGUGCAGGUUAUGACAGUUGUAGAAUGAACAGUUGACUUCAUGAGGCUCAAUUUCUGUGGCCACUUCCAAACUAAAGGAUGAUGAUUAAUGGGAUGUAUUUAUACUUUUAAUGCAUUCUCAUUUUAUUGCUAACUAAUUAGUGCACAAAACUAUGUAUAGCACUUUUAAGGUCAAUGUAAUUGGGUAUUUUCCUAUUGAAAUAUCUAAUUACAAAUUACUGUUACACUUUAAAACUGGCCUAUUUUCCUUGCUAAAAUGUCAACAUGUGUGUUCUCUGUUAAAUAUUAUUUUUCAUGACAUGAUUUUUUUUUUAUUUUUAUAGUGACUGUGAGAUAAAAUGGACAUCAAACCACUUUUUCGGAAACUAGGCAUAGGUGUACGAAUCUUCUUUACAUUUCUUUUUGCCCUCCUAGUACUUGGACUGGUACUAUGGGCUUACAUUGCCCAUGUAAAUCUUUUAGCAUCCCAGUAUGGCAUUAUAGCCUUUGGCUUUUAUGGUCUUCUGCUAUGUUUUCAUCUACUGGUCCAGAGUAUUUUUGCCUUUGUGGAGCACCGGCGGAUGCGUACCCGAAAAGAAGCUUGUUCCUACACCAAGACUGUUGGUUUUACCAUCUCUGCUUACCAGGAAGACCCAAAGUACCUUCGGGACUGCUUAGAAUCAGUUAAGGCACUCUGUUAUCCACCUGAGUUGCUCCGGAUUGUCAUGGUGGUGGAUGGUAAUACAGAAGAAGACCGCUACAUGAUGGAGAUGUUCCAGGAAAUUUUUGCAGAUCAGGAUCCCAGCUGCUAUGUGUGGCAGAACAAUUACCACACACACCCAGCUGGGAUGGAUCCCCAGGAAGAUACCCAGCGCAGGAAGGUGGAAGAGAUUAUAAGAACCAAGCGAUGUGUUUGCAUUAUGCAAAAGUGGGGAGGAAAGAGAGAAGUGAUGUACACAGCAUUCAAGGCACUGGGCUCUUCAGUGGACUACAUACAGGUGUGCGAUUCAGACACAAAGCUGGAUCCCCUGGCAACAGUAGAACUGGUCAAGGUGCUUGAGAGUAACACAAGAUAUGGUGCUGUGGGUGGCGAUGUGAUGAUCCUUAACCUGAAAGACUCAUACAUCAGCUUCAUGAGCAGUCUGCGAUACUGGAUGGCUUUUAAUGUUGAGAGAGCAUGCCAGUCAUUUUUUGACUGCGUCUCUUGCAUUAGUGGCCCCUUAGGGCUGUAUAGGAAUGACCUACUGCAACAGUUUUUGGAAGCUUGGUACAACCAAACAUUUCUUGGCAGACACUGCACUUUUGGAGAUGAUCGUCAUCUUACGAAUCGCAUGCUGAGCAUGGGCUAUGCUACCAAGUACACAGCUCGCUCAAAGUGCUAUACAGAGACACCAUCCCAGUUCCUCCGUUGGUUGAACCAGCAGAUGCGGUGGACCAAGUCAUAUUUUCGUGAGUGGCUCUACAAUGCUAUGUGGUGGCACAAGCAUAACCUUUGGAUGACCUAUGAGUCCAUUGUGGCUGGAAUCUUCCCCUUCUUUGUAACAGCCACCAUGAUCCGACUGUUCUGGAUGGGUACGCUUUGGAAUAUCCUGUGGGUCCUUUGCUGCAUUCAACUAAUUGGGCUGAUUAAGGCAGCCUAUGCCUGCAUCUUGCGACAAAAUUUUGUGAUGAUGUUCAUGUCUCUCUAUUCUGCCCUAUACAUGACAAGUCUUCUGCCCACUAAGUAUUUCGCUAUGAUUACCAUAAAUAAGAGCAGUUGGGGCACUUCUGGCCGCCGUAAGCUAGUGGGAAAUUACAUGCCUCUCCUUCCCCUGUCAAUAUGGGCAGCCAUCCUGCUGAGUGGUUUAAGCUACACAAUCUACAGGGAAAGCAAUCAGGACUGGAACUCAGCUGCAAAAAAAGAGGAGAUCAAAUAUUUGAUCUAUGGUGCUGUGGCAUAUGUCAGUUACUGGUUUAUAAUGGUCUUCGUAUACUGGAUGUGGGUUCGUAGACUGUGCCGAAAACGUUCUCAGGGUUACAAUGUGAAUGUGUAGUAUAAUUUUCAUGUGAUUUAUUUAUUUAUUUAUUUAUUUAUUUAUUUAUAGUUUGUUUGUUUGUUUGUUCACUUGUGUGCACAAUGUUUAUUUAUGUUUUUGUUUAUGUUGAUUUGUUAUGCUUUUUAUGGACUGUUUAUUACAUAUUAAUAUAAUUUGUAAAGCAUCUUGCAAUAUGAAAAAUUUCCACUGUAUUAUAGAAUUUACUCUGUGUUAUACAAACUUUGUGAAAGAUCAAAUUACUUUGUGUUUGAAAUGUUGACUGAAACAGUAUUUAUACUUAUACACUGUGGCACCUAUUUACUAUUUCAAAUAUGUUCCCUUGUCCUUUAACAAUCUCGUUAUGCUGAUAAGAGUUGAAAUGUACUUGAGGCAAACUGUAGUCAAUAGAUUUUGUUUAGCAGUGCAAAAUUUUCAUAAAAUUUUUAUUUCUUUUAUUCGGUGACAUUAUAUUGGUGUACAUGUGACAGUUGCUGAAAGAUCACAUCUAUUAAUGUCAAUUGGAUGGUUUGAGAUAAGGUUACAAGUGUCAUGUCACAGCAAACCAGUGACUGCAUUUCCCAUCCUGCACAGUGACCUACAAACAUGGCCGCUAUGAACUACACUUCCGACAUGCAAUCACAUGUUCACCUUCUUCGGAAUACUAAUCACACACACCUGUUUCCAAUCUCACACACACUCACACCACAGUAUAUAAGAGACUGCUCAAACACUAUGACUUUGCGUAGUAUUGAGUUAACUCUUUGCUAAGCGGUUUUUCUU